AGGCUGCUGCUCCUUCUGACUCAUGUGCAGCAGAGACGGGAUCUACACAGCCUAGGCCAUCUGGGUCCUGGAAAACUCAUCCCUGCAGAGACUCCUUGAGCCGGGACAUCCAGUGAGCUGUCAGGAAAAUCCCUCCCUGAUCCCGUGACGGGCGACCAGGAUCCAGAAGCACUCAUGGCCUCUAGAGAGAGCAGACUCUUCACCGGUGAAGCCCCUGGGCACCUCCAGAACAUGGCAGGCAGAGAUGGCCUGCAUCGCCUGAUGACCGAAGAUGGAGCCUGGGAGGCGUUUGUAUCCAAGGCCAAGUUGCCCAGGGAUAAGGCAGUGGCCCUUCACAAAGUGCUGAGGGACCUGACAGCACUCUCGGCCCUAGCAGACAGAGACAGACUUCAGAAAGACCUGCAGGGCAGGAAGAGGUUUCUGAAAGCAUUUCGUCACCUGAAGGCAGAGGUGGAGGAGCACAUCAGGCAGCUCCACGCCCUGGCUGACCGCGCUGAGGAGGUUCACAAGGGCUGCGCCAUCUCCAACGUAGUGGCUGACUCCUUCAGCACCUUCUCCGACGUGCUGGACCUCUUUGGUCUGUUUCUGGCACCAGUGACAGCAGAGGGAAGUCUGAUGCUCUCUGCCACUGGCUUGGGGCUGGGGGUAGCAGCUACCGUGACUAAUGUUGCUACUUCCAUCGUGGAGGAAGCAAGCAGGUUUUCAGAUGAAGUGAAAACCGGUCACCAUGAUUCAACUGGCAUGGAUGUGUUGGAGGCUGGAGCAGCCGUGGCCAGGAUUGCCAGCAAGUUCCCUCAGGCUGCCAGAGAUAUCACCAAAGAUCUUGAAGCCCUUGAGCAACACAUGGAUGCCCUCAGGCUGGUAAGAGCCAACCCUCGCUUAGAAGAAGAUGCCAGGAUCCUCGCCAAAACAGGAAAGAUCCCCGACCAGCGUGCUAGACAGGUGAGGGCCACCUUGAGAGGAACCCCUCUGGCGAUGAGCGAUGAAGCCCGCAUCAAGAGGGCCACCGCUGCAGGUGUGUCUCUCUUGCAAGAUGUGGACAGCCUUGUGAAGACGUCAAAGCAUCUGUACGAAGGGGCACAGUCAGAGUCAGCUGAAGCUCUCAGGGAGCUGGCUCAAGAGCUGGAGGAGAAGAUGGGGAAGCUCGAAAAAUUCUACACCACUCUGCUUAUCUCCCAAUUAGUCUCCCCAUCCCCCAAAACAUGCUGAGGUCAGAGGGUAGGAAGUGAACAGAGAUGGGGACUGUGGCGACAUUGUUAGAGGGGAACAAGAGUCCGGCCAAGUCCUUGGGACGGAGACACAGGCCUAUGGCUGAACAU